UUCAGAGUCCAAUCUUCUGACAUCCGUUAUUUGUAAACGGGUUUGUUCGGUUAAACGUUAUCCGUGCUGUUGCUUUACAAGUCUUCUGUCAUAAGUGCGCUAACAAUGCCAGGCGAAGCCACAGAAACUGUCCCAGUGACAGAGCAGGAGAUGCAGCAUCCCCAAGUGGAAACGGCUGCUGUUGCUUCAGUUCCUGCUGGCUCUCAGCCAAAGGCCAAAGGGGCUAAGGCUGACUCAUCUCCACACACUUCUGCCCCCAAGCCUGUUCCCGUGGGCCGCCGGAAGCGCUCCUCGCUUUCUGCUUCUUCCUCGUCUCCCAUUUCACCCAAAUCAGCCUCUGGCCCUCGAGCCACUCCACCUUGUUCUCCACUAGCAUCUCCUUCAGCUCGCUCCCCAGGUGCAGGGAAACAUGAGACACCUAAGGUUGUGAAGGCUGGUAAACAGGCAAAAUCCAAGAAAGCAGAUUUUAAAGUUGCUGAACCUCAGCAGGUAACCCUACCUUUUGCUGCACCCUCAGAGGCAAAAACAGCACACAAGUCUUCUCCAACCUCUGCCAAGGUGGCCACUCUACCAGUAGAGGGUGCAGCUACUGCCUCUGUGUGUCCUAAAGCUGCUGGCGUAGCUCCACCGGAGGCAAAACCAGUGAACGAUGAAUCGGUUACCUUAGCUCCAGCAGAAGCAAAACUGGUUAAAGGUGCGGGUCCUGCAGCUGCAUCUCCUCAAUGUACCACUACUUCUCAAGUGAAGGCAAAACAGGUGAAGGGUGCAGCAGUUGUUCCUGUGAAAACCGAAGCACCUGCUAAAGAUGUCCCAGCUCCAGUGGAGGCAAAACCAGUGAACGAUGAAUCGGUCACCUUAGCUCCAGCAGAGGCAAAACUAGUUAAAGGUGCAGGUCCUGCAGCUGCAUCUCCUCAAUGUACCACUGCUUCUCAAGUUAAGGCCAAACAGGUAAAGGGUGCAGCAGCUGCUCCAGUGAAAGCAGAGGCACCUGCUAAAGAUGUCCCAGCUCCAGUGGAGGCAAAACCAGAGAAAGUUGAAGCAACUACCUCAACUUCAGAUGGGGUAAAGCCAUCAAAGGAUGCAGGCCCUGCAGCAGCCUCUCCUAAAGGUACUAUUGCUGCUCCAAGGAAGGCUAAAGAGGAGAAGGGUGCUGCAGCUUCUCCAGUGAAAGCUGAAGCACCAGCUUUAUCAAAAGAUGUUGUCCCAGCUACAGUUGAGGCUAAAUCAGUGAAGGGUGAAGUGGCUGCCAUGACUCCAGUUGAUGUUGUGAAAGGUGCUGCACCACCAUUGGCAAAAGAUGUUGCCAAAAUUUCAGUGGAGGCAAAACCAGUCAAGAGUGAAGCGUCUGCCCUGACUCCAGUUGAUGUGAUGCAGGUGAAGGGUGCUGCAUCUGCACCAGCCUCAGUUAAAGAUGUUGCUCCAGUUGAGGCAAAACCAGUGAAGGGUGAUGCAGCUGCCCCAACCCCAACUCCAGUUGAUGUGAUGCAGGUCAAAGGUGUUGCAUCUGCAUCAGGAACUUCACAAGUGACUCUCCCUGCUACAGUGAUUGCAAAACCAUUAGAGGGUGUAGCACCUACUCCAGUGUCUCCUAAAGCUACUGUAUCUCCUGAUGCAUUUAAAGUAGUUUCCAAGUCAGCUGCCCACGCACCCAAAUCAUACUCUGAGGCUGUGGCAUUUUGUCCUCCUAAGGUACCAGAUAUGCCAAAGGUUGUUCAUGAGGCCCCAGUAGUACCUAAAGGUGCUGAAGUCCCAAAGGUUUCUGCCAUUGUUCCAGAAACCCCUAAGGUUACUGAAGUCCCAAAGGUUUCUGCCAUUGUUCCAGAAACCCCUAAGGUUACUGAAGUCCCAAAGGUUUCUGCCAUUGUUCCAGAAACCCCUAAGGUUACUGAAGUCCCAAAGGCUUCUGCCAUUGUUCCAGAAACCCCUAAGAUUGCUGAAGUGCCCAAAGCUGCUCCUGAAUCUCCUAAGGCUCAGUCUGUACCUGCCUUAUCUCCAGUGCAAAAAGCAAAGUCCGCUCCAGUCGCUGCUUCUAAAGAAAAUGCAGAGGCCCGCAAAAAGAAGCCAAGUGUUGGGCCAUCUAAUGUUAUGGCAGCAACUCCUCUUCAGUCUUCCAUUUCACCUCUGGAGGAGGAGGAUGACCUCCCUCCACUUAUUCCUCCUGAGAAGCCUUCGACAAUGCCUGUUUUCCAACCGCAGCCUGUAGUUGAGGCUCCACCUAAAGUAGAGCCGUUAGUUAAAGCUAUUGUGCCCCCAACUGGUCCUGCAGCCACUGUAACACCUGCUAAAACUCAGCCUGAACCUACACCAGUUAAAGUAGCAUCUAAACCGGAACCAGUAAUCAAGAAUGACAAGGGGUCCGGCACUGAAUCAGACAGUGAUGAAUCGGUUCCUGAACUGGAGGAGCAGGAUUCUACACAGACGCAGCAGGCACAGCUAUUUUCAUCUCUUACACAGCUUGCAGCUGCUGCUGAAAUUGAUGAGGAGCCUGUCAGUAAAGCCAAACAAAGCAGAAGUGAAAAGAAAGCGAGAAAGGCGAUGUCCAAAUUGGGUCUCAGACAAGUGACCGGAGUUACCAGGGUAACCAUUCGCAAGUCUAAGAACAUUCUCUUUGUCAUCACCAAACCAGACGUCUACAAAAGCCCAGCUUCAGACACUUACAUCGUCUUCGGAGAGGCUAAGAUUGAGGACUUGUCCCAGCAAGCUCAGCUGGCUGCUGCAGAGAAGUUCAAGGUCCAGGGAGAAGCAGCAUCAAACAUCCAAGAAAGCACACAGACGCCUACAGUACACGAGGAAAGCGAAGAGGAAGAGGUUGAUGAAACCGGAGUAGAGGUUAAGGACAUUGAGCUGGUCAUGUCUCAAGCCAACGUAUCACGGGCGAAGGCUGUUCGCGCACUGAAGAAUAACAACAACGACAUUGUAAAUGCCAUUAUGGAAUUGACGAUGUAGAUGGAUAUCAGAGCAGGGCAGAAUGAGAUGUUGCUGAAUUAAUCUACACUAUUUGUACAAUUUAUACCCAAGAGAAAUAAAGGUGUGGCUUGAUGGC